CAUUUUCACUUUCUCAGAACACAGAGCCAAAGAGGGUUUUAGACUUUUAUCGCUGAGUGAAUAACUUCUCAUAUCUCACAUCAUCAUCAUCAUCAUCAUCAUCAAAUCCAACAUCAUACAUUCACAGUGAGAUUCUAAGGAAGGACAGUGGAUCAAGGAAUAGAAGAUUUCAACAAUGGCUGCUCGCAUUCGAUGUGGCAGAAUUAUUCUACGGGGACUCAUUAAGCCGCAACGGUGUUCUGAUUCGAUAACUCAUCCGCUGCUGUUUGCUAGUCAAGGUCUUAGAUACAGAAAAUUGGAAGUCAUUCUUACUACGGUAAGCAAUUUGACAUGAUAAUUAUGAAGUGUGGAGAAGCUUGGGAAUGCUGGUGAGACUGUGAAGGUAGCUCCUGGAUAUUUCAGGAAUCAUUUGAUGCCGAAGAUGUUUGCUGUACCAAAUUUCGAAAAGUAUGCCUACUUUAUCAGACAACAACGCAAGUUUCACCAGCCUGAGGAAGUGGAGACGGUGGUGAAAGUUGUUCCUAAGACGAAGGAAGAUAAGAUGAAAGAAUAUCAAACUGCAGCUAAACGUUUAGAUAAUGCUCGAUUGGUGCUGAGGAGGCAAAUUCGGGUAAACAAAGACUCAGGUACGACAGUAUAUGAAUUGCAAUCACCUGUCACCAGAGAUGAGCUUUCGGAUGAGGUGGCGAGGCAACUUUGCGUGGAUAUCCAGCCAGAAAACUUGUACUUACCUGAACCCUUUUCAACUGUGGGCUCAUUUGAGGUGCCCCUGCAUCUGCCAAAAUCAAUUCCGCUGCCAGAGGGAAAGGUUCGCUGGACUCUGGAUGUUAAAGUCAGAGCAAAAUAAAUUAGUAUGUUUUCUCAAAUAUAUCUCCACUUGUCUUUAGUGUUCUUUUUAUGGAAGAAGUGUCAGUUUUUUAGGAUGCUGUCAAAAAUAUGGUUUUAGUUAGCUUUGUUAAUCCAUUUUGUCCCUUUAGGCCCCUUUCCGUGCUUAUCAAUGCGAAGGAAACUUGUUACAGUAGGAAAAAUAAAUCAUUAUCCGAAUUAUAAAUUUCUGUUU